UUCUAGCACAAUAUGCCUGCCUCUCAAUCCACUUGAACGACCACUUGAAAAGUAAAUUGACCUCUUUAAUGACUUAAAAACUUACUAUUCGCGGGUCCAUUGAUAAGGUUAUGUUUGUGACUUUGUGUGGUUGCUUUGUUAAGUUUUCGAAUACAAUCACGAAUUUGAUUAUACUAUCGUAUGAUGAUCAGCAUGACGCAGGGCGCAAGCAGUCAUCGACCCCUCACAAACGCACUCCCCUCGAAUAGCGCUCAUCGGCAAAAAAUCCCAAACGAUGAAACGGCCAAAGUGCAAAACCCCAAAUAUUCGUCAAUCGAUGGUCCGUUUGCCGGCUUGAUCUUCGCCGACUUCGUCAAUCGAUGGUCCGUUCGCCGGCACUCGUACUGUCGUCUAUCGGAGUGUCGCAACGCUCCAAUUUCACUCGAACGCCGGCUGCCCAGCUUUGCUUGUCCGCCUGAGUGCCUGACCGGCUGACCCGCUUCGCCCUGUCGCCGGUAAUGAAGAGAUACUAUAACCCUGAUGAAGUAGGAACUAAUGAAGACAACUCAUCUAGAAUUGUAGUUCCUUCACCUACAAUUCAAGAAUCUUCAAAUACGAAUGAGGAACCAAACAACAAUCAAUCAUUUUCCGGUGAAGAGUUUGAUUCUUCCCAACUUCCAUCUGACCCUGGAUUGAGAAUACCAAUCUCAAGCUAUAAUCCAAACAUCAGAGAUCAAGUUCGAAGGGCAUAUUUGCAGAAGGGUCCUUGUCAACCGUUUGAGCACAAGUUCCCAAUGAAGGUGGUUUCGGCAAAUAAAUCACGAAGAUUUAUCCCAGCUUGGUUUACUGAACAUGAUUGGUUGGAGUAUAGCAUAUCUAAAGAUGCUGCCUAUUGCCUCUAUUGUUAUCUUUUUAAACCCAAUAAAGGCAAACAAUCAGGGGGAGAUGUGUUUGUUACAGUGGGAUUUAACAGUUGGAAAGAUAAGUCCAGACUUAAUGUUCAUGUUGGGAAGCAUGAUAGCGAGCACAAUGAAGCUCGAAGGAGUUGUGAUGCAUUGAUGAAUCAAAAUGCACAUAUUGAAACGGUUUUGGACAAGCAAUCAAUGCAGACAAAAAAUGAUUAUCGCAUCCGAUUGAUUGCAUCUCUUGAUUGUGUGCGGUACUUGUUGAGGUUAGGGUUACCUUUCCGGGGUCAUGAUGAAUCAGAAGACUCUUUAAAUCCAGGUAAUUUUCUAGUGACCAUGGAAUUUUUAAGGGAUCAUAAUCUUGAGAUAGCUUCUGUGGUAAUGGAUAAUGCACCUGGAAAUUGCAAACUUCUUGCACCUAGCAUUCAAAAAGAUUUAACUCAUGCUUGUGCUAUUGAGACAUUGAAUGUUAUCAUUCAAGAUGUUGGAGAUUCUUUAUAUUCUGUUCUUGUUGAUGAAUCCCGUGAUGUAUCAACAAAAGAACAAAUGUCAGUUGUGAUACGUUAUGUUGAUGAUACUGGACAUGUGAAAGAACGGUUUAUUGGAGUUGAGCAUGUCACGAGUACCACAUCACUUGCACUUAAGGAAGCUAUUGACACAUUAUUUUCUAGAUACAACUUGAGCAUAUCUAGAUUAAGAGGGCAAGGUUAUGAUGGGGCUAGUAAUAUGCAAGGGAGACUCAGUGGGCUGAAAACACUUAUUCUUAAUGAAAACUCAACUGCAUAUUAUAUUCACUGUUUUGCACAUCAACUCCAACUUGCCCUUGUAGCUGUUGCCACAAAGAAUCUUCUUAUUGCUGAGUUUUUUCGUGUUGUUGCUCAAUUGAUAAAUGUUAUCGGAGGUUCGUGUAAACGUUCCGACAUUCUUCGUGAAAAACAAUUGAACUUCAUUGUUGAGGCGCUUGAAAGUGGGAAAAUAUCAAGUGGACGAGGUCUUAAUCAAGAAUCUAGCCUUCAGCGCGCGGGUGAUACCCGUUGGGGUUCACAUUACAGAUCGUUGGUUAGCUUGAUUUCAAUGUUUUCUGCUGUUGGUGAUGUGCUUGAUGUGAUCCACGAUGAUGAGGUGACAACAUCUAUGCAAAAGGUGGAGAUAGAGUAUUUACUCAAAAUGAUGCAUUGCUUUGAUUUUGUUCUCAAUUUGCACAUGAUGAAAUUUAUUUUGGGAAUAUCAAAUGAGUUGUCCCAAGCUUUACAAAGACGUGAUCAAGAUAUCAUUAAUGCGAUGGAUUUGGUUAGAGUUUGUAGGCACCGACUUCAAGCUUGUAGAGAUGACGGAUGGGAUUCUUUAUUUGAGGAGGUGUGUAUUUUUUGUGAUCAACAUUCUAUUUCUAUCCCAAACAUGAAUGACACAUUUAUCCGUUUUGACUCUCGAGGUCGCCCCGUACGUAAAGGACCAACUCUUACAAAUUUGCAUCACUACCGCUAUGAUUUAUUUUGUGCUGUGAUUGAUUUGCAAUUGCAAGAGUUGAGUGAUCGUUUCUCGGAGGCUAGUACAGAGUUGCUACUUUGCAUUGCUUGCUUAUCUCCACAAGAUUCAUUUUCAGCUUUUGAGAAGAACAAGUUGCUUAGAUUGACUGAGUUUUAUCCCCAAGACUUUUCACCGUCAGAUGUUUGUAUUCUCAAAGAUCAACUUGAAAGUUAUAUUUUUGAUGUGCGCUCUAAUGCUUUAUUUAAUGACUUGAAAGGACUUGGCGAUCUUGCAGAGAAGUUGGUGGAAACUAAGAAGCACAAGGUGUUUCCUUUAGUCUACAAGCUAUUGACUUUGGCGUUGAUUCUUCCUGUCGCAACCGCUAGUGUUGAAAGAGUAUUUUCAGCAAUGAAUAUUGUGAAGGAUAGGUUGAGCAACCGGAUGAGUGAUGAUUGGCUCAAUGAUAGACUUACUGUUUAUGUAGAAAAAGACAUCUUCUUGAAAAUUGACAAUGAUGUCAUUAUUGAGCGAUAUCAAUCGAUGAAAACGCGUAGGGAACAGUUGUAAACUUAUGUCUUAUGUUUUUGUAUUUGACUCUGAUUAAAACUCUUACUCC